UAUAAUUCAAUCAAUUGACCGCUUUGACAGUAGCUUUUAACCAAUUCUUUCAUGCUUGAGAAGCGUUUUUCUUCCGCCGACGUCCAUUCCAUCUUAUUUUCUUUUAUAAUAAUUAUAAUAAUAAUUAAUAAUUAUAAAAAAGAAAAUGAGAUGGAAUGGACAUCGGCGGAAGAAAAAUGCUUCUCAAACAUGAAAGAAUUGGUUAAAAGCUACUGUCAGAGCGGUCAAUUGAUUGAAUUAUACACCCAAUUAUUACCUUGCUCUGUGGCUUGAACAUUUUUAUUUUCCAGUACCUAUAUAAAUGCAAACUGCUAGAUAGUUGCUCGAAGGCAAAAAAGAGUCUGUACAUGUAUGUUGUGUCACACAACAUAAAAACUUCUCAAAAUCUUUUUGAUCUGAUUCAAAUAUAACAAUUUGGCUUGAAAGUCAUUUUAUUUGCUGUCAAAACAAGGGGUUCAGCCAAUUGUUUAUAUCUAAAGUAGCCACAUGCAGUCCUCAACUGCCUAUUGUAUAUAUUUUUAAACUUGGUCAUAUCUCAUUGUUGCAUUUUGCAGACUGAACGAAACUUCAUUAUGCAAGUUGUUUGUGAAGCUACACAAAGCACAGAAACUCAGCUCAAAGUUUCAGCCUUGCAGAACCUUGUGAAGAUAAUGUCUCUCUAUUAUCAGCACAUGGAAGAAUACAUGGGGAGAGCACUGUUUCCUAUUUCCAUUGCUGCAAUCAAAUCUGAUAUUGAUGAAGUUGCUCUUCAAGGUAUUGAGUUCUGGUCUUCAGUGUGUGACGAGGAAAUGGACUUAGCAAUUGAAGCUGUGGAGGCAUGUGGUUUGCAUCUUCAAUUUUUAGAUCACUGAAGUACAAUUGAAUAGGCAUCACUCUUUGCUCACUCAGUUUUGUACUAUUUAAAACCAAACAAUAAUAUUCAAACAGCAUGAAGUGUACGCUGGAGAAAUGUUGGUCAAUAAUUUGUACUGAAUGCAAACAGAUAACCAAGAUGGAUAGCUGAAAUAAUUUUAUUCCAUGCCAUAGAAAAUACAGCCAAUCCAAAUACAGGAAAGCCGUUGUAUAUUCGACAGUAUUACAUCCAACUUUACCAUCAUGCACCAUGUCUGUGUCGCAUUGAUUGUGUGGGCCACUGUAUUUUCUAUGACCUCGUGUAAAAUAGUUAUGUGGUAUACCAUGCAAUGUCCCACUUGUCACUUGCAUUUUCUUGGUAUGCACACUUUCUUAAAGGCUUGCAUGUAUACUUGGAAAAUGCAACUAACUUGUGGAAUAUUGCAUGAUAUACCGCUCAAAAGCAUUGCAUAACUUGUAUGUGCUGGAGAAAUAAUUACUGUUGAAUUUGAUUUUCACUGUAAUUGUUAUCAUGCAAAAUAGUUCCCCCCCUGUUUGCACAACACUAGCUACCAAAUUAGUAGUUCCUGUUUGGAAAAUGUAGUCACUUCAAGGAUUUCACUCCCUGCAUGUGGCACACAAAAUGGUCUCAGACUGGAGUGCUUCUUUAAGCAAAAACCAAUCUCAAAUAGAAAAUUUCCAGGUUGACACUUUGGCUUAUACUUCUCCUCUCCCUCUAAAAUUUUGUGGAUGGUUUCACUUUCAGUUUCUAGAAUUGUAGUUAUAGUGUAAUUUUAAGUUGUAUUGUAUGUAGGUCUGCACAAAUGAAGAGCUACUCUGUGGAUGUUUUGUGAAUAAACCAUUAUUAUCAUUGCCACUAUCACUACAGUAUUGUGAAAAAGUAAUGCAAACGAACUUCGGCGAAAUUCGCGCUUUUCGUGGCUUUUCAAGGAAAUUUCGCUUGAAAAGAAAUCUCUUCGACAAUUUGCGAUAUUUCGCAGCAUUUUCGUGAUAUCUAUUGUUUCAAUCCGCAUGAACUUUCGUGCAAUAGUUCGCAGUGUGCAGUAAUAUGCUGCGAACUUUUGAGCGAUUAUUCGUUCUACUCGAAAGUUCAAAGCGAAAUUUCAAGCAAAAACUCGUGCAGUUUCAUGCAAAGUUCGCUGUGAUGUAAAUAGGAAUCAUCCUUCUCGAUGUUGUGUUGUCACGGCCUGAAACAUAAGCUCGAUUACCAGUCGCUGUUCGGGAAAGGAGCUCAAGAGAGUGGCAGAAAUCGAGCCUACCUGAAACACAGUCGGGACGUGUUUACAGAUUUAAAUUCAGUGUUAAAUCGAGCAACUUCUCUUUAAAACUCACCUUGUUAGUCAACAAGGAAAAAUUUGCAGGCGGUAUCAUUCCAAAGAGUUGACACUCGCUCGAGAAGCUGCCGAGAACGACAUAUACGUUGUGUAAUAACACACGAGGUUUCACACUGUAGUCCUAGUCCCUGCACGGGUUUGUUAUUAUAGCUACCAUAGCAACGCUUUGGGUAUCAUAGAACAGACAACAGGUUUCGUGUUCAUUUGCCUUCAAGCACUCGAAUAGAUCAUGCCAAAAGUAUCAGAUUAUACAAGAACUUGAAUCAAGGUCCUUGACAAACAAGGUCUCACCCCAGUCCUUGAAGAAUGAAGGUUUGAGUGCUAGUCUCGCUAGCGUUACUCGAAUCAUUAAGAAACUACGAAUUACAGGCUCCGUGGCAAAUUUACCGCGUUCUGGAAGACCUAAAAAGCUGUCUGAGGAAGCAAAAGCUUUCAUUGAUCAGCAAAUGCAAAAAAAUGAUGAGAUGACAAGCAGCCAGAUCUAGAAGAAGCUGGAGAAAUACGGGGUAUCUGGACAACUCACGCCCUGGACAAUUAGUCCCAGACAGCUCAUCCCCGAUCUUCAGAUAACUGGCCCCAAUAUGAAAACAUCUAUGUUAUGUUGGACAAAUAUAUUUUUAUGCUCAUAAGGUAAUAAUUUCUUGAAAGAAGAAAGCUUGUUUUUUAAAGUACAUUACGAGACCAAGACUUACAUUUGUAGCCUUCGAUUGUAAUGAUCAUGUAAACACAUGAACAUGACCAUUUCGUAAUCCAGCCACAACAUUUGAAGUAAUUGAAGUGAAACAGAUCUAACUGUUUAUGUUUUAUGUUUUGGAGUAUUCCGCUGUGAAAGAACAAACACCAGACGCAAAUAACAAACAAUUUUGAUCGCAGACGUAAACAUAGCCGCCAUAUCGAAUGUGCAAUAUUUGAGCCCAGGGAAUAUCAACCCAGGCCUGUCGGAUAGACACAGGACAGCUUACCUCUCAGGAAACACGCACCCAUGCUAUUAUCACUAGUUAACACGGUAUCAGGUCACUUUGCCCCAUGGUCAUUUCGCCCCCAUUCACUUCACCCCAACCAAAAAUCAGUUCGCUCCAUGAUAUUAUUCAAGUGUAUAUAUGCUAACAAGAUUGUAUUUGCAUGACUGAUGUUUUCUCGUGAAACGCCACUCGGGCCAGGAGCAAAGUGUUUCGCAGGCUAGACAUGUUUGCAAUUCACUUGUAGCGAUCGUAUUUGAAAAACUUUGAAAACCAUCCAUUGCUUUACGCGCAUUGUUUAAUAAACUACCCUCAAAACCUUUUUAUUGAUUCAAAGUGUAUUUGAUUUAUUGCUCGUGUAGUUGCACAAAACUGUAUUGUUGUUUUCUUGCCACACGUACCCACGCGUAAUGUGUGAACUUAUGUUAAUUCAAGGGGAGACUUUUUUUCAGCACAACGUGCCGACCUUUAAAAGACUUGUUUAUUUGAAAAUUCGGAAUACGACCUUAACCUCAGCUAUUUGUGUUGUCCAACUCCAACUUCAAAACAAAAAGUUCACGACAAUUAAUAUUUCACUAAUUUACAUGGAGCGAAGUAACUUCUGUACGGAGCGAAGUAACUUU